AUGCUGCGAGGUGCCGUGUUUUACGGCAGCAUCCUGCCUUUGUACCUUUUCCUCUGCGUCUGUUCUCUGCCGGUACACGACCACAGGACCGCCAAGCAGCUGCAGAGAUGGAGCAACAGUCAUGCCAGUCUGAAGAAGAGGCCAAGUCAUGAACAGGACACACUAAAUGAAGAGUACGAUUUCAAGUCCCCAAAUGACACAGAUUUGUGGAAUCGUCCUCGCUGUGGAGUCCCAGAUUAUCCUACAUUAACGCAGCUCAGCACGACAUACAACAAUGUGAAAAAGAGGAGGGACACCCUGAGUAGACAGCAGCGCAGGAAGCGAUUUGCGCUCUAUGGCAGGCGAUGGGAGAAGACAGACUUAACUUACAAGAUCAUACGUUUUCCCUGGCAGAUGAGUGAGGACAAAGUGCGGAGUGUUUUCCAGGAGGCGUUUGGUGUGUGGGGUGCUGUUACUCCUCUCAGGUUCAGUGAAGUAACCAGUGAGAAUGCUGACAUCACCAUUGAUUUCAACAGGUACUGGCAUGGGGACAGCUUACCAUUCGAUGGUCCAGGAGGAAUCCUUGCUCACGCCUAUUUCCCCCAGACACAGAGAGAGGGAGAAGUCCACUUUGACUAUGAUGAGCACUGGACAAUGGGCAAUAAUGCUGGCACAGACCUCCUCCAAGUGGCAGCUCAUGAGUUUGGCCAUGUUUUGGGCCUGCAGCACUCCCUUGAGCCCGAUGCUGUGAUGUGCCCAUUCUAUAGUGACGCUUACCCUUUGCAGCUGAGUGAGGAUGACAAAAGGGGCAUUCAGUAUCUGUACGGAUCCCCUCGGCACACACCACCUGUGAUGACAGAGACCAAUGAGAUUGAGACUGAACUGCCAAAUGCUUGCAAAACAAACUUUGAUGCUGUAUCCAUGAUCAGGGGAGAGCUCUUCUUCUUUAAGUCUCAAUAUAUUUGGCGAAUACGUGAUGGGCAGCUACAAGCUGGCUAUCCAGCUUUAUCAUCACGCCACUGGAAAGGAAUUCCAGAACACAUUGAUGCUGCAUUUGAAGACAAGACUGGCAACAUCUGGUUCUUCCAAGGUGACAGCUACUGGGUUUUUGAUGCUGAAAGGAAGAUAACAGGGCCAGAUUCAGUGAGACGGCUGGGUCUUCCUGUAACAGACAUUGAAGCAGCUUUGAAGUGGGAAGAGGACCAUACUGAGAAAGUCUACUUCUUCAAGUCGAGUUACUACUGGUCCUUCAAUGUUCAGGAUAAUCGAAUUAAUGACUUACACCCUCGCAGCAUUUACGAGUGGAGGGGAAUGCCCAGCCACAUCGAUGGAGCCUUUUUGGACAGAUAUGGCUAUGCCAAUUUCCUGAGUGGAAUGCACUACUGGAAGUUUGACCCUGUGGCACUGAAGGUACUGGAAGGCUAUCCCCGGAGCAUCGGCAUGGAUUUCUUUGGCUGCUCUGCCUCUCUGUCCAAAUAA